AAACCCAUUGUCUUCGAGAGACAACCGGAAGAGAAGAUUAAUAAACUCUUAGAAUGUGUUCAAUAUUUACACGAAUCGGUUCCGCCAGUCAUUCAUCGGGAUCUCAAACCCGACAAUAUAUUACUCGAACACAACAUAAAGUUUAAUCGCUUCAUAAAAUUGUGUGACUUUGGUUUGGCCACCGAUCACGACAUCGAUAGGCAAACUGCGAGCCGAUACGACCAUACGUUAGGUGUGGGCACUAAGACAUAUACAUCACCCGAAGUAUACCAUUAUAAGCCAUAUAAUCACAAAACAGACAUUUAUAGUCUCGCACUAAUCGCUGAAGAAAUCUAUAGUAUUGAUCCUCAACUUUUGCAUUCGUGUCAAGCAAUUGAACCCGAGUUUAAUAAAUAUUAUGCUAAUCUAUACCAGACUUUGCAGUCAAUGCAGUCGAGUCCUGACUAUAAGCAAAGGCCUGAUUGUCGGGAAGUGUUGGCUAAACAUAACGAGUUAUUUAUCGAUAAGACUGUUGUCGCAAAUCAUAAGGAUUUCAAAUCAACAACCGUAAAACACCAUAUAUUUGUUAAAAUCGGUAUUUUGUGCGUAUGUUUUAUCGGCUUUGCUUCGGUGGACACACUUUGGGGUAGCCUUAGUGUCCAAUUCGAUAACACACGCGUCCGU